CCGCACGCGAACGCCGGUUCGUGGAAGAGGAAGAAGGCCGGGAGGAGAAGAGAAGAGAUCGGAGCAAGGCGAGGCGUGGCGAGGCGAGGACAUCGACGAAGGCGCCAUGAGCUACCAGAAGGUCCCUGAGUCCUACCCGCCACCAGGGUACUCGCAGCCGUACCCGCCGCCGGGCGGGCAGUACCCUCCGCCCCAGGCUCCGCCGCAGGGGCCGUACUACCCGCCUCCGGGGUACCAGGGCUACUUCAGUGACGGGCAGCAGCCCUAUGGCUACCCGCCGCCGCACGGGGGACAUCACCACGGCCACCAUCACCACCAUGACGACCACCACCAUAAUCACCAUGGUCAUCACCACCACCACGAGGAGGACGACUGCUGCCUUGGCUUCCUUAAAGGAUGGUUGGCCGCUCUUUGCUGCUGCUGCAUACUGGAUGAGUGUUGCUGCUGCUGCUGCUUCUGACAUAGCCUGUUCGUGACAUAUCUGGCAUCCUGGGACAGCAAAAUUUUAGUUGUGCAUUGGACUUGUCAUGAUUGAUGGACUGUAUUUAGUAAAUCUUCAUCUUGUAUUAUUCGUAAAUAAGAGGAUUUUAAAUUACCUGUGUUAAUCAAAGGCGUUUACAUGGCUUCG